AUGUCCGAAAAUCCAGACGUCCCAGAUACCCAAAAGGCCUUCGUGCCUCUCGAAAACAACCCCGAAGUCAUGUCCCACCUAGUACACCAACUAGGCCUCCCAGAAACUCUGGGCUUCACAGAUGUCUUCUCAAUUGAAGACCCCGACCUCCUUGCAUUUAUCCCCCGCCCCUCUCACGCUCUUCUCCUCGUCUUCCCCGUCUCCAAAACCUACGAAACCCACCGCAUAGAAGAAGACAGCUCUCUCCAAGAAUACACAGGCCACGGUCCCUCAGAGCCAGUAACAUGGUUCAAGCAAACAAUCCGUAACGCCUGUGGGCUUAUCGGUCUCUUGCACGCUGUCUCGAACGGCGAACCCCGCAAGCAUGUGAUUCCAGGCUCGGAUCUAGAUGUCUUGCUUAGACAGGCCCAGGAUCUACAGCCGGCUAAGCGGGCGGACUUGCUCUACGAAAGUAAGGCGCUGGAAAGUGCGCAUGCUGAUGCGGCCAAAUUGGGUGAUACUGCUGCUCCUGAGGCCGAGGAUAGUGUGGAUUUGCAUUUCGUGGCUUUUGUUAAAGGUGCGGAUGGGACUCUUUGGGAACUUGAUGGAAGGAGGAAGGGACCGUUGGCUAGAGGUGUUCUUGGAGAUGAGGAGGAUGCGUUGAGUGAGACUGCGUUGGGACUUGGGGUUAAGAAGUUUUUGGAGAUGGAGACUAAGGGAGGGAAUCCGGAUUUGAGGUUUAGUCUUGUUAGCCUGGGCCCGGUUUUUGAUUAA